GUGGUUGUGCUUGUGGAUGUGGCGGCGGCCCCAGCGGCUCUGCUCAAGCUGGACUGGGGAGGGUGGCCUCUCCUCCGUGGACGGUGGGCUAUAGGACUCAGCCACGACCCCCGACACCUCGAUGUUCGCCCUGCGUACCCGCCGCAGCGCGAUGAUGCUCCACCGGCUUUCCUUUUUCUGUCACCAGAUGGACAUUAACUGAAAGGAUUUCAGCAGCACUGCAACAAUUGGGAUGUUGCGGCAGAACGGUGGGAGCAACAAGCAUGGUUUAUCUUUUGGCCGGUUCUCUCUAUGUAAUCUUUUCACUCUUCCUAAUUCUGGAAACUGGAGAAUGGGGCAUUGUACCAAGAGCAACUCUUUGAGCAGCAUCAAUUCCAGCCCAAAUUGCUGCAACAGCCCCAUUAUUGAUCCAGAGUAUGUGAAGCAGUUGGUCAAUGAUGUCAGGAGGUUUGCAGAGUUGUUGCUCUGCUUGAAAGAAGCUAUCCUCUCGGAAGAAAGUCAAGCUUGUCUGCAUAAUGUAGUUCAUGAACGCCUUGGAGAGCUGCUGAGAAUUCUUCAGGCCAUAAUAAACAAACACCAAAUCCUCAACUCAGCUGAUAUUCUUAGUGCUGCAGGAGCAGUUGUUGCAAAAGUGAAAGCCGUAGACUUCAACAACAUUAAUGAAGAAAAUAAGAGACAUCUCUUCAGUGAAAUAUUUUCUUCUAUUGAAACAUUGGCAUUCACCUUUGGUAACGUCGUUUCAGACUUCCUUAUGGGAGAUGUAGACUGUAGUUCAUCAUUGGACAUUCAUGUGUCUCAGAAAAGUCAAUCCUCAGAAAACAUUUCUCUGGAAUCAGUGGGAUUGCUGCAUGAAAAAGAUAAUCUUCAAGUACAUCUGUGGCCCAAAGAACUGGAUAGCAUGCUUCUGCGAAAUGAUAAUGGAGUUGAAUUGGCUUUGUCAUAUGCCAAAAUGUGGUCAAAAUAUGCCAAAGAUAUAGUUACAUGGAUUGAAAAAAAAAUUAGCCUGGAAUUGGAAUGUGCUAGAAAUAUUGCAAAGAUGGCAGAGACAACUAAAAGCAUUAUCGGGCUCCAGGAAUUUAUGCCAUUCCAGGCUUUAUUCUUAAAUGCUUUUGCUAAUGACAUUGAGAACAGUCAACUUUCACAACAAACGGCAGCAGCUCUUCAGACCAACAAAUUUGUUCAGCCUCUCCUUGGGAGAAAAAAUGAAUUGGACAAACAGCGGAAAGAAAUUAAAGAGCUUUGGCAACGAGAACAGAAGAAAAUGCAAGAGACAGAGGCAUCUCUCAAAAAGGCAAGACUCUUCUGUAUACAACAGCAGACUGAAUAUGAAAAAGCCAAGUCUUCCACAGAGCGUGCUAAAGAGGAGUAUUUGAGCUCAAGUGGAGGUGUUGGGAGAGAGACCAGCAGGCAGUUAGAGAAAAAGCGGAGGCUGGAAGAAGAGGCUUUGCAAAAGAUUGAAGAAGCAAAUGAACACUACAGAAUUGUUAUGAUAGAUAUGGAAGAAAGACGAAAUGAUUUAGACCAUACUAAAAAUGAAAUUUUAAUACAACUUCAUAAUCUUGUUUUGCAGUGUGAUCUAACUCUUAAAGCUGUCAUAAUGAACCUCUUCCAGAUGCAACAUGAGCAGCUUCUGUCUCUUCCAGUUAAUUACCAGUCUCUCUGUGAGAAUGCCAACUCAUAUAACCCCGGGAGAAACUUUGUGGACUUUGUAAAGGCAAAAACUUCACCUAAGGAGGAUGUUUACCGUAAAGCUAUUUCUUUUGACAGUUUAAAAAUUGAUGGAGGGCCACCCCCUUGCAGAUCAUGGUCACUCGUUAACCAAGGUGGUGGAAUGUACAGUGAUACAGAGAGUGCUGGAGGAAGCAGUGAAUCAAGGUCCAUGGAUUCACCUUCUGGCAGUCCAGGAGCGUUUAAACGUCACCUUCCUCGAACACCAUCAAUGGGGACUAUGUCAUCUGCUGAUGAGCUAAAUGAAAGAGAGCCACCUUCUCCUUCUGAGAUUGCCUCAAGUGAGCAUCUAGCUGAAAUUAGUUCUCCGGGACCAUUUAGAAAUGUCAUCAAAUCAAAAGCUGCUCUUAGCCAUAAGUUUCGGAAGCUAAGAACGCCAUCCAAAUGUAAGGAAUGUGACACCUUAGUUAUAUUCCCUGGGGCAGAGUGUAUGGAGUGCUCCCUUGUGUGCCAUAAAACGUGUUUGGAAACGUUAACCAUCCAAUGUGGGCACCAGAGACUUCAUGGCAAAUUACAUCUAUUUGGUGGAGAAUUUGCUCUGGCUGCUAAAAAUGCUCCUGAUGGUAUCCCUUUCAUCAUUAAAAAAUGUAUAUCAGAAAUUGAAAAGAGAGCCUUGCAUGUGAAGGGCAUCUAUCGGAUGAAUGGCGUUAAAUUAAGAGUCGAAAAACUCUGCCAGGCCUUUGAAAAUGGAAAAGAUUUAGUAGAAUUGUCAGAACUCUGUGAACAUGAUAUCAGCAAUGUUCUUAAGUUAUAUCUUCGUAAGUUACCAGAACCCUUAUUUUUGUUUCAUCUUUAUGAUGAGCUUAUUGGUCUUGCCAAAGAGAGCCAGAAUGUAAAUGAAGACUCAAAACCAACAAGCCCUGAAGCUGAGAGUGCUGAACUAAGUAAAGUCCUGAAGAAAAUCAAAGCUCUUCUAAAAAAACUUCCAGGACCAAACUAUAAUACUAUUGAGUACCUUAUUGGCCAUCUUAAUAGGGUGGUCCAGAAGGCUGAAGAAAACAAGAUGCCGGCCAGUAAUCUGGGGAUAAUAUUUGGACCAACUCUGAUCAGGCCUCGGCAAACAGAUGCCAAGGUUUCCCUUUCCUCACUGGUGGACUGCACUCAUCAGGCUCGAUUUGUGGAGCUCCUUAUAUCUUAUUAUGAGAAGAUUUUUGAUGUUUCCAUGCAACCACUCUCAGCUUCUUCUACCAUUGAAAGCCCCACCGUGGAGCCCCAAAAGCCCAACUCAUGUCUUGGUUCAAAGCAAGGCAUCUCACUUUCUCAUAAUGAGAGUGUAAUUUCAGAAACAGCUACAUCAUUUGAGGGAUCAUAUGAUCAUAAAAAUGCACUAGAAGGAGCUGAUGCAUCUGUGAUCAAAAAUACUGUGUCUUCAGGUUUUGAUGAGACUGAAGGCUACUUCUUCAAGAAUGAAGAUCAUUUUAAAACUGACAGUCGUUCAAAUGUAAAAUGUAAUCCAGUAAUCUUGAGAUCUCCAAGGAUAAAGACAUCCGUUAGACCUGUGAGUCUGCCAGUAGAUCGAUUCCGUCUUCCAAACUUUUUAAAUGAGAACAAUUCCAAAAAUAUGGGAACUUUAAAUUCAGACAAAUUUGGUAGGAGUUCAACCAGUGAAGAAAUGUCUGAACCAAAAUCUUUUCCUAACUCAUCCUCUAGACUUUGUUGUUAUGACCCAAAAACUUGGGACAAACAAGUUAGACAAUAUGAUUUAAGUACAAGGACUACAGUGAUUUUGCCCAGUACACUCCAGGAAAAUAGAGAACCAGAGAGUAGUGCUACUUGUGUUUUGUCUUCCAUCUCUGAUAACCCUUCAUCCAGUGUCGUGCAACUCAGCCAGCCAGACAUGGUACCAGUGCAAGUGGUAAGAGUAGCAACAGAAGGAAGCUCUUUGGAAUCUAAUCCUCUUGCUGCUUUCAGGGCACGGAGAACUUUGCAGCCCCCACCAGGGACAUUUUAUAUGCCACCUUCCAACAAUAAGGUAAAGGGAAAUGAGGAAAGUUUUCCAGAAACUUACACCACAGCACCUAUUAGUGUCGGUCAAGAAAAUACUGUGAAUUUUGUUGUGAACUCAGAUUCACCUGGACAGCGAGUAAAUCACCUCAAAGCUAGCCCUAAGGAACUUCAUUCAUCUGAUGUGAAACCAGUAGUUUGCCAGAGACUGAGACCAAAACGGAUUCAAGACUUAGAGCAAAGAGAAGCACAGUUUGUAUAGGAUUGCCAAAUCUUGUGUUUUACUUUUAUUUUUAUUUUUGGUUUAGAGAUAAUAGGAAUGUUAUAGGAAAUUUGUCCAUAGUAGGAUGAUAAGGAAAGUUUGAGUAUCUUCAUUGAGACCACUUUUGUGCCAUAUUUGAAUUAUUUUUAUAGGCAUCAUUUUAAAAUUUAGGUUGGAAGGGUAUUAUGAACUAAAAAUGAAGUUAUUUUUUAGUUUAGUAAGUUGUUUUGUUUUUUAGAGCAAAGAGAAGCACAGUUUGUAUAGGGUUGCCAAAUGUUGCAUUUAAUUUUUAUUUUUAGUUGAGAGAAAGGAUAAUAGGAAUGUUGUGGGAGUCUGUACAUAGUCGAGUAAUAAGGAGAGAUCAAGUAUCUUCAUUGGGACCACUUUUGUGCCAUAUAUGAAUUAUUUUUAUAGGCAUCAUUUUAAAAGUUAGGCUGGAAGGGUAUUAUGAACUAAAAUGAAGUUGAUUUAUUUUUUUUGUUUAGUAAGUUGUUUUGUGUUUUUUUUUUAUAUGAGAGUCUAUUUAAAUGUAUCUCCAAUAAAAUGCUUGAGCUAAUAGGUGCAAUUGCAAAAGCUUCAGUUUCUGAAGUGGAUCUUAAGUGCUUAUUCAUAUGGAAAAAAUAGUAUUUCCUUAUGCAAAGCUUAAAAUUUCUUAGUAUAAAUUAUGUGGUUUUAAAACAGUCUGAAUUUAAAUUCUUGUGUUUUUUUUAUAUAAAAGCUUCAGUUUUUCAAUCUGUGCAAUUCCAUGUUUUUCUCCUUAAUGGAUUAUCUAAUGGCCAAAUUGGCUUAUCACUGUAUUAUAUAUAUUUUUAUGCUUAUAUUUUCAUUUGUUGCAAAUUUUUAUGUGUUGUCACUUUAAUUGUACCAAGAAGAUGCACUUAGUAAGCUGCAGAGGUAGAAGGGGUGAUAGUGGGGUGAUAGUAUGUGUGUUGUGGAGGGCAGAAAAUAAGCAAGAUGGAAGAGCAUGGUCCCAUAUGAUUGAGAGGUAGCUUCUCCCAGGCAUGGUUUUAGGAAGCUCUUUUUGACGGUAAGCUGGCAGAGGGGGAAAAGGCCACCAAGGUGAAGAAGUAUGGUCUCCAGGUAUUGAAGCUAAGUGCAAUACCUCCUCCGUGGCAUAUUCUCUCUAAUCUCCUUAGAUGUUGGAGCAGCAGUUGGCCUCUUAGGAUUGGGAAUGGUACUAGAAUUCCCAGUUUGUGAAGUCAUUGACUCUCGUGUUUAUGUUUGCUUUGUAUUUCUGUUUGUCUAAACUUGAGUACACAAUGUGGGUCAAAAUAAACAGAAUGUCCUCAUUUAGUAUAUGCAUCUGAUAUACACCUUAUAUUAGAUGUUUUUAUGCAAUCAUGUUACAAUUGCUAAACACAAUAAACAUUAACUU